AUGAGUACUUGUAACUUGAUUGUGAUCACCAUCAAGAGGAGACCCUUACUGUACGUCAUCAACAUUAUCCUACCAGUGUUUUCCUUCCUUGUGCUGGAUGUAACCUCCUACUUCAUAGACGCAGACGGAGCAGACAAGCUGAGCUUUAAAGUGACUUUACUGCUGGCUAUUUCUGUGCUGCUGCUGAUUCUUAAUGACACACUGCCCUCUACGGCUGAUAAACUUCCUCUGAUUGGGAUUUACUGCAGUGUGAUUUUCAGUCUCAUUGGGAUCAGUAUACUGGAGACCAUCUUUGUGAAUUACCUGAAGGCUAAAGGAGCUGAAAGUAGAUCAGCUGCAUUGAUGCAAAGAACAGUUGCUGUUAUUGAUCAAGAUGAUGGUGUCAGAGAAGUGCAGAUUCCUCCAGACCAGAAUGAGAUUAAGAUUUCGCUUUGCUGGAUCCGAGUGGCACGAAUCACAGACACAAUCUUCUUCAUCUUCUACAUAGUCACCAUAAUUGUGUUUCUGUCUGUGCUUGGGUCAAUUUGGGUUCGAUAACUAGUGUCUUGUGUGCAAAUCUGUGCUUUCAACACUAACUACGUCAGUCUACCAAAUCAUACGGAUACUAAUACACAGUUUAUUUAUUCAUUGUAGUUCAGUAGAUUCUUAGUAAGAAGCAUUAUAAAUGCUUUAGA